AAUCCGAAUCCGCUCAGAGUGGAUUCGUCUUUUGGCCCAUUCGGAUGUGGCCUCCGAGCGCGCGUUGUCCACUGACAGUUUUAUUAUUAUUAUUGUUGUUAUUAUUAUUAUUAUUAUUUGGGGCCCAAAGCUAACUCUUGCCCUUUGGAGCUGCGCGUAGUUUCGAUUUCGGUUUGGUUUCGAGUCCAUAUCCAUUCGGCAUCCCGCGCCGCGUUCGCGUUGUUUCGAGUGCAUUCACAUCCACAGCGAUUAUUGUUGUGUUCCAGUUGCCGUUUUGUGGGAGAUGGCCGAAACGAUCAGUACGGCGGCCAGCGGCAUGGAGUUGGCCCUAAAGGACCCCAGUCCGACUGUGAGUGGCGGCAUCAUUGUGGACAUGACGCCCACCACGGCGGCCCUGCUGCACCACAACGCGAUGGCUCUGCGCAGUCUCAAGGAAGCCGCCUCAUCCGCCUCCGAGUCGGAACUGCAAGAACCGCGAUCGCCGACGCCCACACCCACGAAUCUCAGCACCGGCCCCCACUCGCCGCCCAUGACCUUCCGCUGCGAGCGCUGCGACAGCUUCGAGACUAGCUCGCGGGCAUCCCUGCUGCUCCAUGUGGUCCAGUGUCUGGCGGGUCAGGCGGCGGCGGCAGCAGCGGCGGCCGCAUCGGCGCGCCUCAAGGGCGAGGACCUGCAGGAGCCGGAGAACAUGAGCCUGGGCCACAUGGAGGGUGGCAAGGGCGACAGCCAGGCGGGCAACGGCUCCAGCUCAUCGGCCAGCUCCUCGCCCGCGGGAAACAGCGGCGGGGGCGGUGGCAACAGUAGUUCGCGCAAGGUCUUCGAGUGCGACGUGUGCAACAUGAAGUUCUCCAACGGCGCCAACAUGCGCCGCCACAAGAUGCGGCACACGGGAGUCAAGCCGUACGAGUGCCGGGUGUGCCAGAAGAGGUUCUUCCGCAAGGACCAUCUGGCGGAGCACUUCACCACGCACACCAAAACGCUGCCCUACCACUGUCCGAUCUGCAACCGCGGCUUCCAGCGCCAGAUAGCGAUGCGUGCCCACUUCCAGAACGAGCAUGUGGGUCAGCACGACCUGGUGAAGACGUGCCCGCUGUGUAGCUACCGGGCGGGCUCCAUGAAAUCGCUGAGGAUUCACUUCUUUAACCGGCACGGCAUCGAUCUGGAUAAUCCGGGACCGGGCGGCACCUCCUCGCUGCUCCUGGCACUGGAAUCGCAGGCCUCGGCGGCGGCAGCAGCGGCGGCAGCUAGUUACGUGCCCUCCGGACUCAGUCCCGUGCCCGUGCAAUCUCAGUCCCAGCAGCAACAGCAGCAGCAGCCACAGGUGGCUCCUCCGGCCAGCGAUAGCGGGGAGUCCAUGCGGUCCCUGGAGAAUGCCACGCCCCCAAUGCACUUCCUCACGCCCCACGUGGAGAUCUCGACGCUGGGCGAGAGCGGCAACACGGAGUUGUUCAAUCUGAUUUGCGUUUGGCGUGAAUCUGCAUUGCAGGGCAACAACAACAACAACAACAAUAACAAUAACAACAACAACAACUGCGCUACCAACAACAACAACAACAACAUCGGGGGGAGCAACAACAACUGCAACUCCAUUAGCAAUGGAAAUGGCGAGACCAAUGGCGAUAAGGUGAAAGAUCGAGCCCUCAUCAUGCAGUCGCCGGUGGAGUUGCCCAUGGAUUGCAACACAAAGGCCACGCCCAUCACAUCCAGCACCACAGGCGGCAGUCUGAGUGGCGGGCUCAAGAGCCACCACCAGCACCCGCACCACCACCACCACCAUCACCACGAGAACCACAUAACGCCGUCGAUCAGUCUGAUACCCAUCAAACAGGAGCCCAUGGCGGAGGACAUGGACAAGAAGGACCUGAUGAACGGCAGUGAUCCCAGCAGCGACACAGAACAGGCUUCCAACAACAACAACAGCAGUAGCAACGACAACAACAGAAUCACCUCACUGAUCAAGGUCUCGCCACUGAAAUCGCUCCUGCGCGAGGACCUCAAGCGUCGCAUCUGCGCGAAGGCCAACAACCGGAUCACCCGGAACGCCACACCACUGGAGGGUAACAACAACAACUCCGUGCUGUCCAACAGCCUGAGCAACGGAUCGGGUCGGGGGUCGCCCGGGAUCAAUGGCGGCAGCGGCAGCGGCGGCGCAGGAUCCGGCGGUGGCCCACCCGCUCCGGCGACGCCCAGCGCCGCCAACGGCGCCAGCUCGACGCCCAUCUGCAACGGGACGAUCACGUCGACCGGCCAGGAUGGAGACCUGCUGCUCAACCGCAAGCUGAUCCUGACCUGCCACUUCUGCGGCAUCGAGUUCCCCGACGAGACGCUCUACUUCCUGCACAAGGGCUGCCACUGCGAGAGCAAUCCGUGGCGGUGCAACAUCUGCGGCGAGCAGCUGAACAACGUCUACGAGUUCAACUCGCACCUGCUCAGCAAGAGCCACCAAUAGCAGCCACAGUUGGCCGGCAAGUAGGAGGCCGCGGCUUGCCGGCUCGGGAUCUGGACGGUCCCCGGAAUCAACGCAGAUUCAGAAUAUUUACUUAGCUCAAUUUUGAGAGAUUUUCCACAACCAGGCACACAGUUAAGCUCAGAGCAAAUUAUACACUUACCAUCUAGUUCUACGUUUACACUACGCGUACGUUACAUAUAAAGUUAGUUAGAGAUAACUCAUCAUAUUUUUAUGAUCUGCAUGCAGAGAGUAUGAAAAUCAAAUGAGAGCUACGUAGUUACCUAAUCCCUUAACGAGUCGACGUCGAACGGUCGAGAUUGCAGAAUCGAACACGGAAUGCGAUGGAUAUGCGAGCAUACCUUCCCGGAAACCAACCCUGUUAUGUAGUCUUAUUGUGCAUUAGGUUUGUAGUUUAGUCUUAAGUACUUGGCAAUAAUUUCCAGCCGGUUCAACUGGCCAGCAAACACUUGCGCCAGCGCGAGUCCGCUUAAGUCGGUUUUAGUGCAUUACACAGCUAAGGCUCGCCUCAAAGGUGGCAGUUUAUGGUUUAAACAUCCACUCUUCACACACAUGAUAGAUACAUCCAUAUAUAUGCCUCUGCAGUUGCGGCGAAGGGCUUUAAAUUUGUUAUGUUUUCAGAGUCUAAUACGACAGCAGCAAGUUUAAUUACGCGGAUAUAAACGAGAAGCUAUAUCGACAUAUAUUUACAGAUAGGCCACAGGAUAUAUACGCCACUCUCACACAGGUCCACACACAGAUGCAGAUGCAGACGCAGGUACAGAUACAGAUAUAGAUUCGUAUUCAGAUUCAGAUCCAGAUACAGAUUCAGAUUCUUUUAGCUUAGCGAGGGUUAACGAAUUAUGAAUUCACUUAUUAUACUCGUACCUUUACUUAGCUCCUAGUUUGAAUAACUAAUGUAACGCAAUAACAAGAACAACAACGAUCGAGGGUUGCUUCGAUUGGGGAAUAACAUUUCGAAUAUUCGCACAGUGCUGCUCGUAAGUUUGCAUACAACUGGAGCGUAGGAACAUUUUUUAAACAAGCAAGACAAAACAUGCAAAAAUUACAAUUGUGAUACGAAAUUGUUGUAAAUAAUUGGUAAAUCGAAAUACGAGAAACAUGAACUUUAUCGUUUAGACAAAACUAUGCCUUAGAUGCCUAUAAUAGCAUUACAUACAUAUACUGAUAUCUACAUCUACGAUACGAGCGAUCACUGUACAAACAACCAACUGGACAUGGAACUGUUGAUUAGUAUAGUUAACUUUAGUGUAAAUCAAAAUUUGAGAAACGGGUCCCAGGCCCCCUUCCCCCUUCCCCCUCCCCCUCCCACUCCCUCUUCCUUCCCCCCCCCCAUCCCGACCACCCCCUUUGCUGACGUCACGGGUUGUAUGCAGCCAGCAAGGCGCCACUGUGCGCUAAAUUUUACUUCAAAUUAACAUCCGUCCAUGAUGUUCACAAGUUCUAGCGAAAAUAACACACUUAUCCAUAAAGCUUAUGUAUAAAGAGGACUCGAAGCCAGCCACUUCGUUUAGUUCCCAUUCUUCUGUUAUUCGAUCUGUACUUUAGCUAGCUUUAAUUCUUAGUCGAAGGUUUUUGUUAAUCAUUUUGUUGUUCAUCCGCUAGCACACUAGAGGUCCCCUGCAGCACUUGCACAUUAUGUACAUUACGUUCCCCCAACUUCUUGUAAUUCAUAGUAUAUAUGGUAGCCAACCACCCCUACUUUGCUCUUCUCUAGCCAAUUCACACGUGUAAAAAUGGUUUGUUGUGUUCAGUUAAUAUUUACUCUUACUACUCGGUCACCUACCACAUAGGGCAUCAUUUUGUUUUUGUUUUUAACUUUGUUGAUGAUUACCGUCAAGUUGUUACUCAAAUCAAUCCAUUUUGAAAUCAAAAGGCGUAUAACGUUGAAUGUAACAAUUGAGCAAUUCUAGCGAUUUUUCAUGUUAAAUUUUAAUAGAAUUAAAUCGAUAACAGGACAGAAAACAAUUAAGAACACCAAAUGGAUUAAGAACAGAAACAAAACAUUUACUUAAUUAGUGAUUAUAAUUAUAGCUACAAACAAAAAGGCAUGUUAAUUUUUUAGAAAUAAAAAUGGUUUAAA